GGGUUAUGAAACCAGGAAGGGAUCAUCUGGAGACACGCUUUAUCACGUUCUUCUUCUGUUUUCAAAUGUAAACUAUGUUAUGAGUAAUUAUAGUACGCUUUGAUAACAACUUUACGGUAAUGAUCUCUAUUGAGAUUUAAUUUGAAGGAAACGCUUUUGUAACAUCGCUCAUAACUCAUUCACCAAGGUCACAAGUAGCAGUGGGUUGUGGUGGGAGCUAAGCCUUCAGCACAUGUGAUUAUAGUAAAAUUAAAAGGCAGGAGUGCAAGCUGAAAUAUGGCGGGACUUAUAAACUUUGAAGAUGAGAAUGAAGUGAAGCAGUUUUUGGACAAUUUGGGAGUGGAGUACAGCUUCCAAUGCUACAAAGAAAAGGAUCCUGAAGGGUGCCAAAGGCUGGCAGACUACUUGGAAGGGGUGAAGAAAAACUAUGAAUCUGCAGCACAAGUGCUAAAACAUAACUGUGAAACAAAUGGACAUGGAGAAAGCUGCUAUAAACUGGGGGCUUACCAUGUCACAGGCAAAGGUGGAGUGACUGAGUGUCUGAAAACAGCCUACUCCUGCUUUAUGCGCUCCUGCAAUGCCGGAGGAAAGAAGACUAUAGAUGCCUGCCAUAACGUCGGCCUGUUAGCUCACGAUGGACGAGCUAUGGAAGGAGCAUCUGACCUUACAGUGGCUCGGCAGUACUACGAGAAGGCCUGCGCUGCUGGCUUUGGUCCUUCCUGCUUUAACCUCAGUGCUAUGUUCAUUGAGGGCAAUUCCAAAGGGCUGGCACCAGAUAUGACUCUAGCUUUGAAGUACGCUAACAGGGCUUGUGAGCUGGGACAUGUGUGGGGCUGCGCCAAUGCAAGUCGUAUGUACAAACUUGGGGAUGGUACAGAGAAGGAUGAAAAGAAAGCAGAGGAGCUGAAGAAUCGAGCGAGGGAGCUGCAUGGUUUGGAGAAGGAAAGGCAGCUCAAAUUUGGGGAGUGAAUGUGACACACUAAAUGAUCAUUGUUUUGGUUUGCCUACACAUGUGGUGUUCAGUCGGGUUAUUCGUGUGUGCACAAACAAAUCCUGUUCAGGGGGUACAAAGGUAAGAGAUGAUCUGUUGUUUAAAAAAAGAAUGGUUAAAUGGACGCGUUUGUCUCAUUUACAGUCUGUAGACAGUAAAAUUCAGGGAUCGGAUUAACUUGACUAUUUGUAUAGGUAGAUUUCAGCCAAAUGUAUACAAUAUAAUGUAAAUGUAAAAGCAAUAAAAUGAAUUGUGACUCGUG